GGAAGAUGUUCCUGGGUAGAAGAUCGCCCAAAGGAGAGCAGUGUUGACGUAACCUCCAAGUGGGAAGCUGGUUUAAGCAGUGGAAUUCCACUUACUUGGAUGACCAUGGACCACCUCCUAGUAAGGUCCUCCCUUUCCCCAGCCAGGUGGUGUACAACAGGGUAGGCAAGUGUGGCAGUCGCACUGUGGUCUUGCUUCUGAGAAUCCUGUCAGAGAAGCAUGGAUUCAAUCUGGUCACAUCUGACAUCCACAACAAAACCAGGCUCACUAAAAACGAACAAAUGGAACUGAUUAAAAAUAUAAGCACUGCCGAACAGCCCUAUUUAUUCACUCGGCACGUUCAUUUCCUCAACUUCUCAAGGUUUGGAGGAGACCAGCCCGUCUACAUCAACAUCAUCAGAGACCCUGUCAGCCGGUUCCUCUCUAACUACUUUUUCCGUCGCUUUGGAGACUGGAGAGGGGAACAGAAUCACAUGAUCCGGACCCCAAGCAUGAGGCAGGAGGAACGCUAUCUGGAUAUCAACGAGUGCAUUCUCGAGACCUACCCCGAGUGCUCCAACCCCAGGUUGUUCUACAUCAUUCCCUACUUCUGCGGACAGCAUCCCCGAUGCAGGGAGCCUGGGGAGUGGGCCCUUGAACGCGCCAAGCUGAACGUGAAUGAAAACUUCCUGCUCGUGGGGAUUCUGGAGGAGUUGGAAGAUGUGCUGCUUUUACUGGAAAGAUUUUUACCUCAUUACUUCAAGGGCGUGCUCGGCAUCUACAAGGACCCAGAGCAUAGGAAACUUGGAAACAUGACUGUGACCGUGAAGAAGACUGUCCCCUCUCCCGAGGCUGUGCAGAUUCUCUACCAGAGAAUGAGGUACGAGUAUGAGUUCUACCACUACGUCAAAGAGCAGUUCCACCUGCUGAAGCGCAAGUUUGGACUGAAGUCUCACGCGAGCGGGACCCCUCCAAGACCACAGUUCUUCAUCCCCACGCCCCUGGAGACUGAAGAGCCCAUCGAUGACGAGGAGCAGGAUGAUGAAAAGUGGCUAGAAGAUAUUUAUAAGAGGUGAUGCCAGCCCUGUUGUUGCCUCCAUCCAUGGCUUUAUCUCCCUUUUCCAGAAAAUUCUUUGGGGAAGAAAAAAAAUCCUGAAGGGACUUAAAUUAAUGCUCUGUGCAUUAAAGAAAACAAGACAUUCCCACAUGUUGGGGGUCAUUGGGAGAUGCCCGGUUUUGCGGGUUUUGUUGGUUUAAUUGUAUUCUGUGUGUGUUUUCCUUCUUCUUGAUUCCUUGAGGCUUUCCCAGAUGCAGUAGAUGGGUCCAUCACAAAGCACCUGUUCCUCUCAAAUAGUCUUCCCUGGCCCUCAUGCACCCCCAUCUGAUAACACAAGAGAAAGAAAUCUAUCUCACAACCCAAUAGCUGAUCAUUUGUAAAAUGACUUGUAAAUGACUUGCAAUCUCAAUGGUAGAAGACAUCCACCUUUGUUUGUUUCAGCGCCCAGGGAAUCCCCUCUAGAAGGAUCUAAGAGAAGACAGAACCUCAAUGGGAGGAGACAGAACCUCAAUGGGAGGAGGGCCCUGGGUACCCACCUGGUAGAAUUCUUCCUCUGGUCCCUCUCGGGGGACACUAACACCCUGAGCAGAAUACUUACCUGUGAAAGGACAAGCUGUCUAUGGCACUCACAUUUCCAACCAAUCAGAGCCUGGAGUACCUUUCAAGGUCAAAGUGCUUGGGAAAACCCAGUGAGAGAUCCCACUUCUAAACAAGAUUCUGAUGGACUCCAAAAGAGUGUAGUAGAGCAAAGAAUUCAUUUGAUGUUAGGAGGACUGUGGGCAGAACUGAGCAAAUCUAGGGGACCCAUGCCAGCGGAGAAAGGGCCUCAUCUGUAUUCCUUGUAUCAGAAGCAUCUCAGUCCACUACACUGCUUCAAGUGGAAGUCCUGCAAACUAAUUUAGCUCUGCUAUGGAUUGCUGUAGCAAUCAGUCAAUCAUGAGCACACAGGUAGUGCAUAAUCUCUCAUGUCCGCCCAAGGUCAAGUUGGUCUUAACAAACACCUGAUGUCUUUCAUCAUAUGCCCCCCUACAAGGUAGAUGUUUCAUUUAACAAGGGGCCUGAGUCAUUGGCAGAGGCAGUAGAAUUCAGUCUCUCUUAUGGAACCUGUUGCUCUUGUGAGCUCUUACCAAGGGUAUCAGAGACAGAAGCACGGGGACUUGUGGAUAAGAUGCUGCUUGCUCAGCUUUGUGACUAGGUGGUAGUUCUCGUGUGGUGAGAGAGAUGGUAAGCAGUUCCAUCACCCCCAGACAUCUCUCUGACUCCUCAACCAUGCCCUGGUUCAGUCAUUAGAAAUAUGCCCCUUUAAAUUCUGAAAUGUUUUCACCUUUAAAAAAAAUCUCCUAAACACACACAUUCACCUGGGUGUGGAUAAAGUCUAGCUAGCUGAGAAGCUGGGGUGUGGUGGGGGCAGCAGGAAGGGUACAACAAAUGUGUCUGCUCCAACAGACCUCAAAGAAUCCCAGCAAAGCCAGUUGGGAGUAUUUGGUAAUUAAGACUCUGACUUUAUUCAAGGUACACAUUUUCUACUUUUCAGAAACGAGUAAGUCUCUUAAAAAAAAAAAACAUUUUUUUUUUUUUGCUUCUUUCACUAAAACUGGAAAGCAGCCAAGAUACAGAGCAAGUCCUUUGGAACCUGCCAGGUGGGCACUGAAGUUCCUUUAUUAUGGGGUGUAUUGAGGUUCCAACCCAUAAACCUCUACAGUAAAUGACCACCACAAAAUAGACCAGCACUGGGCUACUUGUAAUCCUCCUUUCUGCCUGUCUUAGGGUAGAGAAGUAAAUAGGACAAAUAUGCACAGAGGAAAAAAAAAUAUCCUCUGUCCCAUGCAAAGCCAGCAGGGCCGCUCCAAGAGGUGUACUUUAAAAGGCAACCUAGAAAACAGCUAUCAUAUUCCAAACCAGUCCAAGCACGGCUGCCUGCUACUUUGGGAGUCAUUUCUACAGCACUGCAUAUAAACGAUGGAUGAUUCGUUUACACACUGUUCAAUCUCAGGACCAGAAAAUCAAGUAGUAUUGGCUAACUCUUCCUCUGCUGUGUGAACAGCAGGAUGCCUGGUUCCUCAAGAAAUUCAUCCUCUUUGUGCAAAGUUGAGGGGUACUUCUUCCUGUGGGCUCAGCGGCGUUUAUUUCAGCAAUGAUCAUUGUCAGUUCCCAGCAGCAGAUGCCAACCAGUUUACCUACAGAACUUUCCUGUUCUUCUGUCCCCACGAGAUCCUGAAAGUCCAGGCACUUCCUCAGCUCAUUUGGGCACCCAUGACAUUCCUUGGCCAUGAGCCCAACAUAGUUGGUACUUCAUGAAAUAUAUUGUACAUUUUACAUAGUUUAAUUUAAAAAAUACAUUUUAAGCUAGUUGAUCUUUGACUGCCUUAUUUAUUAUAACCUUUCAGCACAUUCCAAGGUUUUAGUUACUCAGGAAGGAGUUAAUUAAAAUGAUUUUAUUUUGGUCUGAUGGAUGUUUUUUAAAAGGAAAAUUAUUAUGAACCCUCAGCCGACUUUUCUUGAGUACUAGAAAAGUGCUUGUAAAUCUUUUUUUUAAGAAUGAAAAAAAAAUGAUGUUUGACAUUGAUGGAAAUCCAAAAAUAUAUAUAUAUGGAACUGAAGCAUUAGCUUAGCUAAAAUAAAAGCAAUCCGUGUUUGA